AUGGCUGCCCUCAACGGCGCCGUGGAGAACGGGCAGCCCGACAAGAAAGUGCCCCCGCUGCCGCGGCCCCUGCGCAGCCUGGAAGUGAAGUACACCAAGAUAUUUAUUAACAAUGAAUGGCAUGAGUCUACAAGUGGAAAGAAGUUCCCCACCUACAACCCUUCAACGCUGGAGAAAAUUUGUGACAUUGAGGAAGGAGAUAAGCCUGAUGUGGAUAAUGCAGUGGAGGCAGCAAAGGCAGCAUUCCAGAGGGGCUCUCCGUGGAGACAGAUGGAUGCCCCAAGCAGAGGAAGACUCCUGCACAAACUGGCUGAUCUGCUGGAGCGGGACAGAGUCAUCCUAGCAACUCUGGAAACAAUGGACACAGGAAAACCUUUUCUGCAGGCUUAUUUCAUUGACCUGGAAGGCUGUAUAAAAACACUCCGAUAUUAUGCUGGGUGGGCUGAUAAAAUUCAUGGCAGGACUAUUCCAGUGGAUGAAAACUUUGUCUGCUUCACCCGGCACGAGCCCAUGGGUGUCUGUGGAGCCAUAACCCCAUGGAACUUCCCCCUGCUGAUGCUGGUUUGGAAGAUGGCACCAGCACUGUGCUGUGGAAACACUCUGGUCAUUAAGCCAGCUGAACAAACUCCGCUCACGUCGCUCUACAUUGGCUCUCUGAUCAAAGAGGUGGGUUUCCCUCCAGGUGUGGUGAACAUUGUGCCAGGCUACGGCCCCACAGCUGGAGCUGCAAUUUCUACCCAUGACAGCAUUGAUAAAAUUGCUUUUACUGGAUCAACCAAGGUUGGAAAACUGAUCAAAGAAGCUGCUUCUAAAAGCAACCUCAAAAGGGUGACGUUAGAGCUGGGAGGGAAAAACCCCUGCAUUGUGUGUGCAGAUGCAGACUUGGACUUGGCAGUGGAAUGUGCCCACCAAGGCGUGUUCUUCAACCAGGGGCAGUGCUGCACUGCUGCCUCCCGUGUCUUCGUGGAGGAGCAGAUCUACCCUGAGUUUGUCAAGCGCAGCGUGGAGUUUGCCAAGAAGAGACUGGUUGGAGACCCCUUUGAUGCCAGAACAGAACAAGGGCCCCAGAUUGACCAAAAACAGUUUGAUAAAAUCUUGGAGCUGAUAGAAAGCGGGAAGAAAGAAGGGGCUAAGCUGGAGUGUGGAGGUCUUGCCAUUGAAGACAGAGGCUUGUUUAUAAAACCCACGGUGUUUUCAGAGGUCACUGACAACAUGAGAAUUGCCAAAGAAGAGAUUUUUGGGCCAGUUCAGCCAAUUAUGAAGUUCAAGAGUACAGAAGAGGUUAUAAGAAGAGCCAACAGCACCGAGUACGGACUCACAGCUGCGGUGUUCACCAAGAACCUGGACAGAGCCUUAACCCUGGCUUCAGCUCUGCAGUCAGGAACAGUCUGGAUCAACUGUUACAAUGCGCUCUAUGCUCAGGCUCCUUUUGGUGGCUUUAAAAUGUCAGGCAAUGGCAGAGAACUUGGGGAAUAUGCUUUGGCAGAAUACACCGAAGUGAAAACAGUCACCAUUAAACUCUCCCAGAAGAGUCCAUGA